AUGAAAGUCGAUUCGCUGUUUUAUUUUUUGUUGAGCUUCAAAAUGUUGGCCAGGAUCUUAAGCAAUGCUGGUGGGACAGUGAGAAUUCAUCUGAAGCGUAACAUUUACAUUUCAGCACCUGCCCUCCAACAAGCUGUUUCAUUAGAUCCAAUUCAGCAACUUUUCAUUGACAAAAUCAGGGAUUAUGCAAAGAAAAGCAAGGCUGCUGGGGGUGAACUUGUUGAUGCAACUAAUGAAGUAAAGAAGUCUUUGGAAGAUGAACUAAUCAAAGUAAGCAGGGCACAUAACGCUGAGGGAAAAGACAUGACUAAGUUUCCUUCCUUCACUUGGACUGAUCCUACCCUGGAGCCUGUCAGUGUGAAAUCAGAAAGUGGGUCUGUUGCAGCACAGGCAGCAGCCGCUACUGCUGAAGAUGCAGAAGAUGACAUUUCAAACAUCCCUUACUUUGAAAUUUGA